UUGAUUCUAUGCUACCCCUCGGACUCGGAGGCAAGAGGAGAGAACUAAAUAGGUAUAGGGGAAAAUAGAAGUAGCGGCUACGGUGUCGUUUUAUCGUAUCCUCUCGUAGUCAUUCAUCAUUUCAUCUCGAACCACCCUUUGCUUCUCCAAAUUCCUCCCAACUCGCGCCACUAUUCUCUUCCGCUGCAACACUCACAAUCGUCCUUUUCUGAUUAUUCAUCCAAAAGGGGUUGUUCUGUUCCGUGCUUCAACAAUUUUACUGUCUUGGACCUGUUAUUGUUUCUGGAGAGACUCCUAGAUUGUUCUGUAUAUAUAGCAAGGAAGGUUUUUGUGUUUUUGGUUUUUGUACCAUUGUGGAUAUGGCUAUUGUUGAGUCAGUGGAGAAGAUUCCUUUGCAAGACCCACCCGAGGAGGAGUUUUGUGCUGCUGACUUGACUUGGACCAAGUUUGGCAAUGCUGAGCACCAUGAUGAAGUUGCCCUCAUUCCCUAUGACAGAGUUGAUGCUUUUAUAAUUGGUGAGUGCUCCAACGUGGAGUGCCCAACCCGGUUUCAUAUCGAGAGAGGAAGGAAACGAACUAUUGGAAGCUUGAAGGAGUACAAGGAUGAUGAGUAUCUGGAGUACAGGCUGUACUGGUGCUCGUUUGGACCAGAAAAUUAUGGGGAGGGAGGAGGUAUAUUACCUAGUCGAAGGUAUCGACUUAAUACUCGAAAUCGUGCUGCUAGACCUCAAUCAAUGCGGGGUUGUACUUGUCAUUUUGUUGUCAAACGUCUUUACACUCGGCCAUCACUUGCACUUAUUAUAUACAAUGAGAGGCGCCAUAUUAACAAGUCUGGUUUUAUCUGCCAUGGACCACUUGAUAGAGAUGCCAUUGGCCCAGGUGCCAAAAAGAUUCCCUAUAUAUGCAAUGAAAUUCAGCAGCAAACUAUGUCCAUGAUAUAUUUGGGCAUUCCAGAAGAGAAUAUCUUGGAGAAACACAUAGAAGGAAUUCAGCGAUAUUGUGGUUCAGAUGCAAAAGUCAGUAGCCUUGCUUAUCAGUAUGUCCACAAGUUAGGGAUGAUUAUCAAAAGGUCUACUCAUGAGCUGGAUCUAGAUGAUCAAGCUAGCAUCCGCAUGUGGAUUGAACGCAAUAGAAAGUCUGUAUUUUUUCACCAGGAUACUUCAGAGUCCGACCCUUUCAUCUUGGGGAUCCAAACAGAAUGGCAGCUGCAACAAAUGAUUCGUUUUGGUCAUCGUAGUGUUGUUGCAGCAGACUCUACGUUCGGUGUGAAGAGACUUAAAUAUCCCUUGUUCACACUACUUGUUUUUGAUUCAAGACAACAUGCACUUCCUGUUGCAUGGGUCAUUACACGUAGCUUUGCAAAGCCUGAUGUGUCUAAAUGGUUGAAAGCUUUAAUUAGUCGAGCUCGUAUUGUUGAGCCAGGAUGGAAAGUCAGUGGAUUUUUGAUAGAUGAUGCUGCUGUUGAAAUUGAUCUUUUGAGAGAUAUAUUUUGCUGUCCUGUCCUAUUUUCACUAUGGCGUGUUCGUAGGUCAUGGCUUAGGAAUAUUGUUAAGAAAUGCAGUAAUAUUGAGGUUCAGCGAGAGAUAUUUAAGCGUCUUGGGACAAUAGUGUACAGCAUUUGGGGAGGUAUUAAUACAUCGGUUUCCUUGGAACAAUUCAUGCUGGAUUUUGUUGAUCAAACUGCUUUCAUGGAAUAUUUCAAAGUCUCCUGGUUGCCCAAGCUUGAAAUGUGGCUUUCAACAAUGAGAAAUUUUCCUCUAGCAAGCCAGGAAGCUUCUGGAGCAUUAGAAGCCUAUCAUGUUAAACUGAAAGCCAAACUUUUUGAUGAUUCACAUCUUGGAGCACUGCAAAGAGUAGAUUGGUUAGUCCACAAGUUAACAACUGAGUUGCAUUCAAGCUACUGGCUUGACCGCUAUGCUGAUGAAAGUGAUUCUUUCCAGAAUGUGAAGGAGAAAUAUAUUGCUACUACAUCAUGGCAUCGAGCACUUCAAAUUCCUGAUUAUGCUGUUACCUUGGAUGAUAAAGAUAACCUCUUUGCCAAGGUUGUGAGCCAGAAAGAUAGUAGCUUAAUACAUCUAGUGUGGAAUCCAGGAUCUGAAUUUGCAUUCUGUGAUUGCUCUUGGUCAAUGCAAGGUAACCUUUGCAAGCAUGUCAUCAAAGUAAACAUGAUUUGUGAAAAUCUUAAAGGUUAUCAACCAUCCAUGUCUUUCCGGUCUUUUGAAGAGGUUUUGAUGGAUCUACAGAGAAAACCAGUGGAUGAUUCAUUUGCUUUGGAUCUGUCAUUGGCUUGGACUCAUCAGAUGCUAGAUCAAAUCCAAAAACUAGUUGAACUGAAUAAUUCUACUGAUAUUGGCACUGUAGUUAACAAUAUGCCUCUGAAAUGGGUUUCUAAGAAAGGAAGAACCUACAUUGGCAAACCAUCGUCAAGUCUGGCUGUUCCUCAUGGUAGCAGUAACACAAAACGUGUUGUUGUGCAUAAGAAGAAUCGGAAACGGAAAAGAUUGUCACGAUUAAGAUGACCAAUUUGGUUAGUACCAGUAGUCAUUAUGUUGAUCUGGAAUAUGUCUGAUCAAUGCAAACUGGAAUCCAUUUCAAAAUAUUCUGCAACUUUUGAAGUUGCAACAUCUAUAAAAGGUCGGCAUAUGUCUUACCCCUAUCAGAGAACAGUUGCUGCUGUAGUUGUAAGAGCAUGGUUGGUAGUUGGAGAUAAAAUGGAGGAAACAAAGCAACUGCGGUGCGUAUGUUUUAUUCAGCUUAUAUACCUGACAAUGCUUUUUGGUGAUCACCUAGGAUGGGGUAGUUGUCAAUUUUUCUUAGAAAGUGAAAGCCAUUCCCUAACUAUUCAAAUUUCAUUGAUUUCCCCUCACUGUCAUAGUCAUGCUAGUGUAAUCAUUUAAUUAUUAUUAUUAUUAUUUCUUUUUAAUUUUUACAUUGUAGCAUCUUUAGAAUUUUAAGUCCUUUAAAAAAGAAGUACUCAAUUCAUUGCAGAAGAUAGAUCGUUCCAUGGAUCAUGUCUUUUCUUUUA